AUUGUGCGCACCGGUGCCUGCAACAAAAAGAGUCUUGAUGAUUAGGACUAUUCCUUAACUCUUUCGGAGGCUGCAAAACGUUGACGCUCUAAUAGCUGCGGUUUUAUGACGAAUAAAUGCAAUGAUCUAAGGAUAUAUUCAGUUUAAAUGGGUGUUACAAGCGUAUGUUUGAAUGAUAGAAGCACUGGUUUCAGAUCAAUGAUUUUCUGAACUGAUGAUGGAUGGUAGAUGGACAAGAAGUAUGGAUGUGGACUUGGAUGUAAAUAACUUGGCUAACGAUGGUUUAGGUAUUGACAGAGGUUCGGUACCAGGAUUUUAUAGUGGUAAAACAAUAUUUGUCACUGGAGCUACAGGGUUUGUUGGCAAAGUGUUAAUAGAAAAACUUUUACGUUCAUGUCCAGACAUUGGUGUCAUCUACAUUUUGAUCAGACCUAAAAAAUCUCAAAAUAUAGAAGAAAGAAAGCAGGAACUAAUGAAAUGUAAGUUAUUUGAUAAAUUAAGAAAAGAACAGCCAAAUUUUGAGAGGAAAUUACAAGCAAUAGAAGGAGAUAUAGUUUUACCUGAAUUAGGCUUAUCAGAGAAAAAUAAACAAUUACUGAUAGAAAAAAUAAAUGUGGUAUUUCAUAGUGCUGCUACAGUUAGAUUUGAUGAACAUCUACGGACGGCUGUAGAGUUAAAUGUCCUUCCAGUUAGAAAAAUUAUCCAGUUAUGUCGACAGUUUAAAUGUUUGAUGGUUUUAGUACAUGUGUCUACAGCUUACGCAAAUUGUGAUCGACCUUAUAUAGAAGAAUCCAUCUAUGAACCUCAAGUUCAACCUCAGAAAUUAAUUGAUUCUUUACAGUGGAUGGAUAAUGAUAUGGUUGAAGCUGUUACACCCAAGUUGCUGGGAAACAAACCAAAUACAUACACAUUCACUAAACAGUUGGCAGAAGCCAUGUUAAAAACAGAGGGAGCAGGGUUACCUAUAGCCGUAGUUAGACCAUCUAUAGUAGGAGCAGCCUGGAAGGAACCCGUUCAGGGAUGGAUAGAUAACUCUAAUGGUCCUAGUGGUUUAUGUAUAGCAGCUGGUAAAGGAUUAUUACGCUCUAUGAAGGGUGAUUUCAAAGCUGUAGCUGAUAUAAUACCCGUAGAUAUACCAGUUAAUAUGAUGAUCACAGUAGCCUGGUAUACAGCUUGUUUUAAACCUAAACAAACUUUAGUAUAUAACUGUACUACAGGUGCUGUUAAUCCAAUUACAUGGGGUGAUUUACAGGAAAAAGUCAUGGAUUUCUUCAAGAAAACUCCACUGGAUGCAUGUUUUAGAAGACCAAACACUUCUUUUACUUGCAAUGAAAUGAUGCAUGACUAUUGGGUGUUUGUUAGUCACAUGUUACCGGCAUAUGUGGCAGACGUUGGUUAUAGGUUGAUUGGAAGGAAACCAAGGAUGGUAAAAGUUUAUAACAAAUUACAUCGUUCUAUGGAAAGUUUGUCCUAUUUUACAUCUCAUUCGUGGGAAUGGACAAAUGGUAACCAUGAUUUAUUAAAAAGUCGGCUAUCAGAAGUGGACAGAAAGAUGUUCUUCUUUGAUCCUCGACAAAUACAUUGGCCAACUUAUAUAGAAGACUUUUGUUAUGGAGCCAAACAUUAUGUUUUAAAUGAAGAUGAAUCCGGAUUACCUGCUGCUAGAGCACAUCUUAAAAAACUGAGAAACAUUCGAUACAUGUUUAAUACAUGUAUUGCUGUGGUGUUCUGGAGAGUUCUAAUUGCCCGGUCCCAGAUAGCUCGCAAUGUGUGGAACCUUAUCCUCAGUCUUGUUUUCAAGUUUGUUCGGUAUUUCAAAAUAACCAGCACAAUUCAAAAGCCAUAAAAUAGAAAUUGUUGGUUAAGCAAUUUUAGAAAACUCUUUUAGUGUAAUGUUUUUAUAUGAUUAUUCCUACAUGCAUUAAUUAAAUAUGUUACAAGAAACAUUUUUAUAAAAAAUAUCAAAUGGAUUCAAGAUUAACAUGUGAUAAGGGUAUGCAUAAUAUAUGGCACGUUAUAAAUAAGUCCUGACAGUUGUUAAAUUAUAAUUGAUUAUCAGAUAGGCAUACAUUUAAAUCCCAGGACUAUUUUGAAAAUUCCGUACCUUUUAUUUGAUAAAGAUGAUGGAAUGAUCAUCUAAAUGUCAUUUGGAAUAAUACUGUUAUUGUGUAGGUAAUUUUAUCUUUAAUAAAUAUCACAGUUACUGAGAAAACAUCUUGAUAAAUAUAGGAAUUCUGAUAGACUCCGGUUUUACUUGAUAAUAUGAGUUUUGAUAAAGGAGGUUGGGCUAUUUUUUUCAUGAACUUCUUUUACUAUGUUUCAUAUUGUUGUGUCCUGCCUUUCGAAAUGGGUUAGUGUGUCUGUCUGUCCGUAUGUCUGUUUCUGCUUCUAAUUGAGUUACCGGUACAAUGUUCAAAAUUUGGUGUAGAUUUUUGUAAGGUGAAUAUCUUGACUGAGUUCGGUGAUGACCUUUUUUCUGCUUGGCCAAGCAGCUGUCUGUCAAACCUUUUGGAACUCAAAAACUCUGCUUCUAAUUUAAGUAAAAUAUUCAAACAAGGUUCAUAGAUAUUUGACUGGCUAUUUCUAAUUGUGGAGAAGUGAUAAAAUUUGGUGUACAGUUUCAUUACGUCAUUACCUUUAAUAAGUUUGAUAAGCAGCAUUUUCUGCUUCAAGUAGUAAAUAAGUAGAUCACACCAUACUUUAUAAAAAGAUAAAUGUGCAAGUAAUUAAUGAGUGUCAUCUAUUUAUUUUGGCUUCGAGGCAGAAGACUUUAGCCUCACUGUUGGCUUGUCCAUUUUGUAGAAUUUUCAUGUAGUUAUUUCAUUUAUAUUUUCUACUUCUGUCUUAUCAUCAAUAGACAAUUAUUUAUUUGUCUUUAAGCUAUUCUAAUUUGUUGAAAUUAUUAAUGCAUGAAAUGCUUAUGAUAUUCAUUAAGCUCAAAUUAAGAAAACAUUCUAAGGCUGAUCAUACAAAAUGAUAUUUUUUUUUUUUUUUGUGCUUUAUUUUAUGUUUCACCCUACCAUGUAAUUUGAUUUUUAAUUGUGUGUAAAAUUAUUUUUUAAAUUAUUGACAUCAUAAUUAAAAUCCUAUUUCAUUUUCAUUAUUUUUCUGAACUUUAAUAUUCAUAUUUAAUGUUAUUAAUUUUGAGUACAAUUGGCUAAUGACUGGCAUUGGGUUGAAAUCUAGUAGUAAGUUACACUGAUUACUUCAGUCUGUUUUCUUAUUUAAUUAUGCAAAUUAUUUGUUAUAGUUAUAUGAGUUAUUUAUGUUAAUGAUUUUUUUAUUAUCCAAUUAUUAUUAUUAGUGAUACUUAUCUUAUUACUAGUAGAAUAUUAUUACGUUGAAGAUAAUGUCCCACAUUAGAAGAUGUAUUAUUUGAAUAUUACAAGUAUACAUAUUCAACAGCUAUAUUAGAUUGUUGUAGGUCACUAGGUGCUGCCACCUAUAGAUUAAGAUAAUAAACAUCUCUAGCUUGUGAUUAUUUUUGAUAACAAAAAUUGUUUCAUUGUGGUCUUCGCAUAUUUCAUGAAAUUCAUUUUUAUACGCCCACAUUGAAAUGUGAUAUACAAUAAUUAAUAGAACACAAUAUCAAAAAAACAGCGUUUUAUCCAGUGUUUCGUCAAUAAAAAUACUAAUAUUUUGUGUUUAGUUCUUCAUCCCUGAAAAAUUUAGUAUUUUUACGAACGAAACGUUGGAUAAAACAACCGUUUUUUGAUAUUGUAUUCUAUUAAUUAUUGUAUAUCAUCUUAUGUGAAUAUCAAAUACACAGUGUUUAAGGUCAUGAGAAGAAGAAGCCUAUUGAUUUUAUCCGAUUUCCGAUCUUUACUGCCAGAGUUAUGGCCCUUGAUCACUUUGAAAAAUCUUGUAGACUCUCUAGAGGCUAAAGUUUUAAUAUCCGAUUGACUUUAGAUUUCUACACAGUGUUUCAGGUCAUUAGACGAAGAAGCCUAUUGAUUUUCACUAAUUUCCAAUAAUUACUGCCAGAAUUAUGGUCCUUGAUCACUUUGAAAAAUUUUGUGGACGCUUUAGAGGCUAAAGUUGUCAUCAGAUUGACUUUAGAUUGAUACACAGAGUUAUUAAAUGUUUCGUAUACUAAACAUUAGCACGGGGCAGAACUUUAUAGAAACCAAACAAAUUCUACUGAUUUUCUGAAAAUUACUUAAUGAGUUGUUAAUCUUAAUCAGAUUGUAGUGUAUUAUAAAUGUUUCAUUACAGGCAACUCUUGUUGACUGCUCGGACGACUUAGCUGCUGUGGGUGUAUGUUUCGUUGCCUGGCAACAUAUCUUUUCAUACUUAAGAAUCAUUAUUUCAUUGCACAUUUUUACCUCUAGUCAUAUUUAUAUCACUUUGCUGACAAUUUUUGUUGUACUUUUGCAUUAAAGUUCUUUAACAGGCUUUUGAUAGAUUCCGUGUCAAAAUUGUGUUAAUGGGUAGUUUCGAAAAGUAGAGAAAUCAACAAGUGAAAAUAUUUUAUUUCCAUGACAGAAUUACAAGCAAAUCGAAAGUAGUCAUUAUUGUUUUGUGCAUUUAUAUAGUCAUAUACAUUAUGUUGAUAAUAACAUGUUAAUAAUUAACUAGUCAUUUAUGAUUUUGUUUAGUGGAGUAUUUCCUGCUUCUAUUUAACUCUCCCAAGCUACGCAGAGAAGUGUGCUAUUAAAUGGGUUUGUCCUUAUGUCAUUCCAUUGCACCAUUGGGAACCAUAAUUCUGCUUCUGUUAGCAGUAGAAUGUUCAAACUUUAUGUAGAUGUCCAUUAGGUGAAUUUCUUGACUAUUCAUUAGUUGCUGAAGUUAACAGAGGUAAUACAACUUGGUGUUUCAUUGCAUCAGGACAUUGACUGAGUUCGAUUAUGAGCAUUUAUAAAAUGAUGAAUGUGCAAGUAAUUAGUAACUGUCAUCUAUUUUUGGAUUGUUGUUCUGUACAUAACCUCAGUGUUGGCUUGUUUAUUUUCUGUUACUUUCUGUAUAAAUGUUUAAAUGUUUUAUGUGUGUAAUUUGAUAAUACAAGAACUAAUUAAAGAUACUAUUAACUUAAUUUAUACAUGUAUAAAUAAGAAGCUUUUCCUAUUUAAUUGAACAUUUAUUAUUUGAAACUAAGAAUAUUCUAGACUCAUUGUUUUCAAAUAAUUUUUAAAGCAUACCUUGUAUAUGAUCUGUGUUUUAUGCUUGUGUUUGGAAAUUUGUUGACUAAAAUGAUCAGAUUAGAUACUAUUAUGUUGGUAUGAUGAUUUAAAUAAAAGGUAAAACAUAUCCCGGUAAUAUUAACAAAUUCUUAUUAUAAUUUUGCCUUGCUCAAACUAGUGAUUUAUAGUUAUUUGAUGUUUUCCAUUUUCCAUUGUUCAUAUAAUUGUCCCCCGCCUUUCGAAGAAAGCAGGGGACUAUUAAAAUGGGUUCGUCUGUCUGUCUGUCCGUCUGUCUGUCCGUCACACUUUUUGGGACACAAUAACUCUCUUCCUAAUUGAGCUAGAAUGUUCAAACUUGGUGUAUGUGUUUAUUAGGUCAAUGCCUUGAUGGAGUUCGAAGAUGAGCAUUUUCCGCUUAGGGUAAGCAGAGAUAAGCAAUUUGAUUGGUUGAUGCUUUGGGACACGAUAACUCUCUUCCUAAUUGGGCUAGAAUGUUCAAACUUGGUGUAUGUGUUGAUUAGGUCAAUGCCUUGAUGGAGUUCGAAGAUGAGCAUUUUCCGCUUAGGGUAAGCAGAGAUAAGCAAUUUGAUUGGUUGAUGCUUUGGGACACGAUAACUUUUAAUUGAGCUAGAAUGUUCAAACUUGGUGUAUGUGUUUAUUAGGUCAAUGCCUUGAUGGAGUUCGAAGAUGAGCAUUUUAGCAUUUUCCGCUUAGGGUAAGCAGAGAUAAGCAAUUUGAUUGGUUGAUGCUUUGGGACACGAUAACUCUCUUCCUAAUUGGGCUAGAAUGUUCAAACUUGGUGUAUGUGUUGAUUAGGUCAAUGCCUUGAUGGAGUUCGAAGAUGAGCAUUUUCCGCUUAGGGUAAGCAGAGAUAAGCAAUUUGAUUGGUUGAUGCUUUGGGACACGAUAACUUUUAAUUGAGCUAGAAUGUUCAAACUUGGUGUAUGUGUUUAUUAGGUCAAUGCCUUGAUGGAGUUCGAAGAUGAGCAUUUUCCGCUUAGGGUAAGCAGAGAUAAGCAAUUUGAUUGGUUGAUACUUUGGGGCACGAUAACUCUCUUCCUAAUUGAGCUAGAAUGUUCAAACUUGGUGUAUGUGUUGAUUAGGUCAAUGCCUUGAUGGAGUUCGAAGAUGAGCAUUUUCCGCUUAGGGUAAGCAGAGAUAAGCAAUUUGAUUGGUUGAUGCUUUGGGACACGAUAACUUUAGUUCUAAUUAAGUGAGAUUGAUGAAACUUGGUGUAUAGUUUCAUUACAGUAAUACCUUGACUAAGUUUGAUAAUGAGCAUUUUCUGCUCAGGGUAAGCAGAGCGAUACGCAAUUUGAUUGGUCGAGACUUUGGAAAACAAUAACUCUCCUACUUUGAUUGUUAGACUAUAAGUAAAGAUAUACUGUUUGAUUGUUCAAUACUUUGUAAAAGAUAAUUUGUGAUAAAUUUAUAUGUGUCCUCUAAUUAUUUUCCUAUUUCGGCGGGGGACAUCAGCCUCACUGUUGGCUUGUUUAGUUCUAUUAUUUUGUUAUAUGUUCAUCUAUUAAUGACGGUUAUUGAAAAACUUUCCAUUAAAUUGACAGACAUUUUUAUUUUCAAAAGUGUUGGUGAACCGACUGCAUAUUGUUUCAUGUAAAACUUUUCUUGCUUUUAGUUUAGUUGAAUCUAAGAGCAUAAAAUUUUGUAUGUGAAUCAACGGAGUAAAAUAGAUCCACACUUCUGUUUAAAAGAGAUUUUGUCAACAUGUAGUUAAACUUUUUUAUUUAUACGCCCACAUUGAAAUGUGGUUGUAUAUUAUCGACGCACGCGGAAUUGUGGACGCACUAGAGGCUAAAGUUAAUAUCCGAUUGACUUUAAAUUUAUACAGUGUUUAAGGUCAUGAGACGAAGAAGCUUAUUAAUUUUCACCAAUUUCCGAUAAUUACUGCAAGAGUUAUAGCCCGUGAUCUCUUUGAAUAAUCUUGUGGAUGCUCUAGAGGCUAAAGUUAAUGUCCAAUUGAUAUUAAAUUUAUACAAAGUGUUUAAGGUCAUCAGACGAUGAAGCCUAUUGAUUUUCACCGAUUUCUGAUAAUUACUGCCAGAGUUAUGGCCUUUGACCACUUUAAUAUUAAAUGUUUUGUAUACUAAACUUUAGCAUUUGCCAAACAAAUACUAAUGAUUUUCUGAUAAUUACUUAAUGAGUUGUUACUCUUAAUCAGAUUUUAGUGUAUUAUAAAUGUUUCAUUACCGACAAAAGUAAAAAUAUGUGACAUCUCUUGUUAGCUGCUGUGGGUGUAUGUUUCGUUGCCUGGCAUCCUAUCUUUGUUGAUUUUAUGAUCAGCAGAGCAGAGUAAUAUAAAUAAAUAUAUUAUCACCACAUUCAAUUAAAGAAUUUGUAGUCUCCCGCCUUUCAAAGAAAGCAGGGGACUGUUAAAAUGGUUAUGUCUGUCCGUCGCUCUUUCUGUCCGCCUGUCUGUCAUUACACUUUUUGGGACACGAUGACUCUCCUUCUAAUUGAGCUAGAAUGUUUAAACUUGGUGUAGGUGUUUAGUUGAUGAAUGCCUUAAUGGAGUUUGAAGAUGAGCAUUUUCUGCUUAGGCUAAGCAGAGAUAAGCAAUUUGAUUGGUUGAUGCUUUGGGACACGAUAACUUUGAUUCUAAUUGGAUGAGAGUGAUGAAGCUCAGAAUAUAGAUUCAUUACAUCACUACAUUGACUAAAUUCAAUGAUGAGAAUUUUCUGUUUAGGCUAAGUAGCGACAAACAAUUUGAUUGGUCAAGACUUUGGAAGACAACAACUCUGCUUUUAAUUGAGGUAGAAUGUUUAAACUUGGUGUGGGGAAGGGAUGGCUGAAUGGUUAGCCUGGUUUUCAUUCCCCGGUUGUUCGAGACAAGGAGUAGGAUCGCCUGUCCAACCUCGUGGGUUUUCUUCGGGUCCUCCGGUUUCCCCCCACUUCUAAAGACCCCUACGUGCAAGCAAAUUAUUGAAACAAAAUUGAAACAUGUUAGUCCCGAAUAUGUGGAGUGGAAUUUAAACCUCCUCUCUCUCUCUCUCUCUCUCUCUCUGGAGCUGAGGUGCCAUAAAACCACAUUUCAUUUCAUUUCAUUUCUCACUCUCUCUCUAAACAUGGUGUAGAUGUUCAAUAGGUGAAUGUCUUGACGAGUUCAAUGAUUAACAUUUUUCUCUAAAUAAGCAGAGCUAAGCUAUGUCAUUGAUCGAUGCUCCUUUGGAAGAAGAUAACUUUGAUUCUAACUGAUGAAAAGUGAUGAGACUGGGUGUAAACUUUCACUACCAGAUACUUCAAAACCUUGACUGAGUUUGAUCUGAACAUUUUCUGCUUAGACUAAGUAUAGAUAAUCAGUUUGAUUGUUCGAUACUUUUCAAAAAGAUAAAUGUACAAUUAAUUAAUAUGUGUCAUCUAUUUAUUUUGGUGGGGGACAUCAGCCUCACUGUUGGUUUGUUUCAUUUUAUUAUAGUUACUCAAUUAUAAUGACUUAUUUUCACAUUACUAUAUUUACCAUUUGUAAUUAACAGUUUAAUAAUUGUCUCUUUAACAGAACUUGGUUUAGGGAGAUUACAAACUUUCCAUUCACUUUAUGUUUUCUAGAUUGUUAAAUAAUUUUUAGUGCUGUUAAAUAAUUUUUAGUGCUGACAAUAUUAUUUAUAUUCAUUAUUGAUUAGCUUAUUUUAUAAUCAGUAAUUUAUUUAUUAAUUCUGCAAUAUCUUCUGUUAAAUGUCUGUUUCUCCUUAUUUCUAAGAUAUGUGUUUUUAUGACGUAAUAUCCGGUGGCCAUUUACAUUCAAAUUCUGACUGAACUAUAGGUUUGUCCAAUUAUUGAAAAAGAUACAUACUGUGUUUAUAUAAUCAAGUGGAAGAUAUAAAUACUGGGCAGUUGUAAUCCAAAAUAUAUAACCUUCCCUUUAAAAAAAAAAUACCAGAAUUUUCUUGCGAUGAAUGUAUUAGGUAUGUUACUAUGAAUUAUAGGAUCGGUUCAGAAUAAAUUCUACAAUGGAACCUGUAAUUGCUGAAGAAACACAUAUUUUAUAAACUGUAGUCAAUAACUACUGUACAUUCUAUGUAUAAUAAAGGGAUUAUAAGGAUAUAA